UGUGAUCGCAUGUCAAGUUCAAGUCGAAGCGUGUUUGUGUUGUAGGAGAAGAGACCAAGUAGUCGUCAUCACUAUGUGAACAAAAGCAAGCUAUUUCAGAGUUUGCAUCUGUGCAUAUAAAAAUAAAUGUUGUCUCGCUCAUUGCUGUUUUGGAAGUGAACAAAAGGACAGUCUUAUUACAGGAUGGCUCAGUGGGAGAAGCUGCAGUGCCUGGACACCUUGCAUCUCCAGAAGCUGGAUGAGCUCUACAGCCGUGAAGAGUUCCCAAUGGAUGUGCGCCACUACCUGGCUCCCUGGAUAGAGAGCCAGGACUGGGUCCGGGCAACUCAGGACCCCGCCGUGGCCAGCGUGCUGUUCCAGGUCCUACUGGAGAACAUGGACAACCAGCACAGCCGCUUCGUGCAGGAGGGAGAGUCCUUCCUCGUGCAGCGAAACUUCCGCCGCUUCAAGCAGAACUUCCAGAGGUACCAGGAACAGCCGUGUAACCUGGCUUGCGUCAUCCUGUGGUUCCUCAAUAAAGAACGCGAGAUCCUGCAGUCCGCCGAGCUGGCCGAGCAGGUCCAGAUGCUGCAGGUCCAGCCGAGCACCGUGGAGACGGACAACCAGAGGAACAUUGAGCGCAAGAUGGCCGAGCUCAAGAAGAAAGCGCAGGAUAUGGAGCACGCGGUCAAAUCGUUGGAGGAGCAGCAGGAUGAGUUUGAUUUCAAGUACAAAACUCGAAUGAUGGAAGGGAAUAUCAGCGAGGCCGAGAGGGCCGAACAGACAAAGAUCCUUCAGUACCUGCUCAACAGACUGGACACUUCCAGGAAGGCCCUCCUCUCGGAAAUGGACUCGCUGUUGGACAUUGCAGAGGAGCUCCUCACGGUGCUGGUGAGAGAGGAGCUGGUGGAGUGGCAGAGGCGGCAGCAGAAGGCCUGCAUCGGGGCUCCAGAGAACACCUGUCUCAACCAGCUGGAGAGCUGGUUCACGGUGGAGGCGGACUGCUUGUUCCAGCUGAGGAAGUUCCUGAAGAAGCUGGAGGAGCUGUCUGGGAAGGUGACCUAUGAGCGGGACCCCUUUAAGACCAGGAAGUCCGCGCUGCAGAAGAGGGUGGAUGACCUCCUCACAACACUGCUCAAGAGCUCCUUUGUGGUGGAAACUCAGCCGGCCAUGCCGCAGGGCAAGGGGCCGAUGGUGCUGCGCACCAAUGUGCAGUUCUCUGUCAGAACGAGGCUCCUGGUCAAAGUGCCUGAACUGAACCAUGCGAUGAAAGUGACAGUUUCCAUUGACAGGGAGGCUCCACAGAUGAAAGGGUACCGGCGCUUCAACGUGCUGGGGAACAGCAGCAAAGCGCUGAACAUGGCAGAGAGCCUGAGCGGGGGCAUGGUGGCAGACUUCCGGCACUUGACACUGAAAGAGCAGAAAGCUGGAGGAGGAGGAAAAGGAGUGAAUGAUCUCUCUCUGAGUGUGACUGAGGAGCUCCACAUCAUCAACUUCGAGACCGUGUUUGAUUUGCAUGGGCUGUCCAUCACCCUAGAGGCCUGCUCAUUGCCCGUGGUGAUCAUCUCGAACUCCAGCCAGCAGCAGAGCGCCUGGGGCUCUGUGCUGUGGUUCAACAUGCUCUGCUCUGAUCCCAAGAACAUUGGGUUCUUUGCCAGCUCCCCAGCCGCCACCUGGCCCCAGCUGGGGGAGAUGCUGAGCUGGCAGUUCCUCUCCACCACCAAGCGGGGCCUUGACAACAGCCAGCUCGAGAUGAUUGCCCAGAAACUCUUUGGUAAGCAGCAAAGCUAUGACACCUGCAGAAUUCCCUGGGCCAGGUUUUCUAAGGAGAUGGUCCCAGACACCAACUUCACCUUUUGGGCCUGGUUUGAUGGAAUCCUCGUCCUGGUGAAGAACUACCUGGAGGGCCUCUGGAAUGAUGGGCUCAUCAUGGGCUUUGUGAGCAAAGGCAGAGAGAAGACUCUGCUGAAGAAGAAGCAGAUGGGCACCUUCCUGCUCAGGUUCAGCGAGAGCAUCAAAGAUGGAGGCAUCACCUUCUCCUGGGUGGAGUACUUCAUAGAUGGAAAGCCCAACGUGCGCUCGGUGCAGCCCUUCACCAAGGUGGACCUCUCCCAGAUCCCCUUCUCCGAGAUCAUCCGCAACUUCCAGAUUCUGGAGGCAGAGAAUGUCCCCGAAAACCCCCUGAAGUUCCUCUACCCCAGCGUCCCUAAAGAUGAGGCCUUUGGGAAGUACUACACAGUGAAGGAAGGAGCGCAAAAUCCCUAUUUGAAGUACAUCAAGACCAAGCUUGUGUUCGUCUCCAAAGAGAACACAUUGGAAGCUAAGUCGCCCAUGAAUUCAUUAUGUGAUCCGGAGGGCACGGUGCCAAUGAACGGUUUGUGUGACAUGCACAGCGAUGAGGCAUCGGCUUCAGACGGAGGGCUACCCCCCUCUGACGCUCUGAUGAGCGACUUGCCAGACUCGGACUUCCUGCCCUUUGACACCAUGGGGGACAUGGCCCCGGACCCUGACGCCCUGGAGCCCAGCCUCCGCAUUCCGGACGUCCUCUUCAACGACCCCAUGAUGGCCGGCGUCCUGCACUCCACUGACGAGCACGUCUCUUCCGCCGACCUUACCCCCUUCGGCCUGGCCUUCAGCACCCCACUUUACUGAAGAUGCUUCCAGCUCACCCCCGUGCUGGGCAGUCAGCCCCCACGGCAGCUCGUAACGGGGGUCCCUGAACUCACCCCCCCCCCCCCCCCCAACGCAAGCUCUGCCUGUGGUACGGCCAGCUCAUAUGAGAGGGGCCUCAGAUUCCCAGACUCACUUUCUCUGCAGAGGCUCUCCUGUAGCUGCACAUCUAUACUCAUCACACGUUACUUUCAGUGGGAUCAUGCAUUCAGAACGCAUUCAGCUUUGAGCACGCUAUGAGAAGCAGACCGCCUAUAUUAAACGUAUAUAUGUGCGUGGACAUGUGUCGAUCAGCUGAUAUGCUGAAAUUUUCACUCUUGCAUUGUUUUGGUCUCUUUGGCAAUCUUGGUUGUCACAGCAUGGGUUAGGCACCACUGGAUUGGAUAGAAUUUGAUGAUAAUCAGGUUUUUUAUGGAAAGUCAAAUAGUUUUAAUCUGAGUCAAUUUCAGUUAAUUACCUCAUUUUGAGCUCUUUUCUCUUACUCUAUUUUACACUCUUCUCCAAUCUCUAGUCAAGACAUUAACCCCCCUAGAUCCAGUGUUGGAUCUAUAGUGAUACAAUAAAAUACGUACGUUGAGAAGCAGAAAUUCAAGGAAAAGGGAAAAUAAUUCAAGGGAAAGCUAAUGCAGUUUUCAGGUGUUGUGCCGCAGUUCUUAGAUUACAGUGUGUUACUAAAGAUGGAUAGAAUUUAAGUCUGCCAAAAUGAUAAUGCUGAUGUCCUCCUUUAAGCCUUGCCUUUUUUAUCCUUGUUGUUAUGAAGAGUUCUUCAUAAUGCACAAGAACAGUGCUGUUACAAAGCCUCUGAUACAGACAGUGGUAUAUUGAAGAUUUGUCUAACCAGUAAGUUAUACAUUUAACAAUAUACUCAGGGGGCAAAGGAAUCUACAGCAGAACAGUGCACAACGAGGUGUGUCUGAGAAAACAUGCAGACCGAUGUUAUGGUUGGCAGACAGUGCCAAUUGAGAGCCCUGUUUUCCUUGACUUUUAUCAAAUUGAAACCACUAGUGCUUCUCCAGACUCCCGCCACUAGGAGGCCCCAGCACUCUCUCACUCCCGCCCAUCAUGCUUGCCGGCCGCAGUCGUGUUUCACGUCAAGGUUUUGCGAUGGCGCUGGUGUAUUCCGAUUUGGCUAGGAUGCCUGUCAGUGGCACCUCGAAGGAGUCACCUGGGUGUUUGGGUCUCUCUGUCAGUGCCGGAGUGCUGAUUCGGUAAGCGCAGGCCAGCGCUGCUAUGCAGGUCCCCUGCCACACUCGGCUCUAGCUCCUUCCACAUGUAGUGGACAGGUAGCCUCAGCUCUGCUUUACUGCACCUCUCUCCAGGGUACUGAGCCUGGGAGAUACCAAAGGUGCAAAUAUGGAUUUGCACUUAAUUAUGGUUCAAGAAGUUCAUGCCAAUUGGCAUUUUGGCAGAAAUGAAAAAUUAUUGCACUAAAAGUUGUCUCUUUUGACUUGUUCUUGAAGACCUGUCCUUGGCCGUGACACUGACAUUUACCUUGCUUUUUUGUUUGAACUGGAUGGUUUAACUCAAAACCACUAAUUAGACUUGAUUCUGCUCCAUGGUUGCAUCUACAGGGAGCACAGAUGUCUCUUACGAGUGUGAUAAGUUGGGACUGUAUCUGUCUGAGCAGGACAGGUUGUGGACCAAACUGGAAUACAUUCUUUAUUGAUACAUCUGACGUUUGCUGAAAGCAUAUGCCCCAAGCACUUUAGGAAUUAGCACUGCUAGAUGUACUAAAUGUUUAGGAAUGUACUAAAAGUGAAAGCCCACCCAAAUGUAUAUUUUGAGCAAAUUUCAAAGUUGUAUAUAUUCAUUGAUUUUGUUUUAUACACCAGAGAAGUUCACAAUUUUGGCAUUAUUCCCAGGAUUUAUUCCCAGGCACUUGUUGGUAACGUGAACUGCACAAUUUUAAAACAAAACGUCUACAUACAGAAAUGUAAAGCAGUAAUAAUAUAACUUGGAAGUCAUCUCAGACAGUAUAACAGCAAAAAUGGCUUUUAUAAGCAAUUAAGAACAAGUCCAGAGUUGUUAAAUGCAGGAAUUUUUAGGCUGUAAUACUGAUGAUGGAAUAAUGUGAGUGAAGUUUUGUGUCCAUAACAGCUGUUCGUGAUGCUGCACAGACAUUUGCCUGGUAUAGUCAGCCAUAUUCUGUAUGUCCAGGAUGGUUACUCCCAUUCUGUAAUGGUUUUCAGGAAGAGCAUCUCUGCACUGUUUUUGUUUGGUUUUUUGUUUUGUUUCAUAGCAUAACCUGAAUGUGAGCCAAGGAGCACUUGUUGAGAGGAGGGUUCAGUUCACUGUACUUUACAGCAGCUUGCAAUGUGGCAGUUGGCAUUUACUCUGGCAAUGUCUCUCGGAACGUUGUGUUAAAGUGCUCCCCAUGAUCUACAAUAAACUUUCUUCCUGUUUGAACCAUGAAA